UACUCCGCUGUCUGGACACAAAGCAGCCGCAGCUAUGGAAGAAGAGCUGAAAUGCCCCGUCUGCGGUUCGCUCUUCCGGGAGCCCAUCAUCUUGCCCUGUUCGCACAAUGUCUGCCUGCCCUGCGCCCGCACCAUCGCUGUACAAACGCCAGAGUCCGAGCAGCAUCUGCCCGCCAUGCUGCACCCUCGGGGCCCUGCGGCAACGGCAGUGCCAGGCGCUGGAGCUACAAGCGGGCCGGCCUCUCUGGACUACGAGUGUGGCGCCGGCGGAAGCAGUGGGACCGCUGGCGGCGGCGGCGGAGACCACGCCGACAAGGUGAGCUUGCACAGCGAGACGGACAGCGGCUACGGCUCCUACACCCCGAGCCUGAAAUCUCCUAACGGCGUGCGAGUUUUGCCCUUGGUACCGCCGCCUCCGGGAUUGUCGGCCGCGGCGGCUUUGGCGGGACCCCGCGGGAGCGGAACCAGCUCCUCGCUCACCUGCCCGCAAUGCCAUCGCAGCGCAUCCCUGGAUCCUCGCGGCCUGCGCGGCUUCCAGCGCAACCGCCUCCUGGAGGCCAUCGUGCAGCGCUACCAGCAGAGCCGGGCCGCCGCCUCGGCUAUGGCCAAGUGCCAACUGUGCGACCGCAGCCCUCCGGAGGCGGCCGCGGUGUUGUGCGAACAGUGCGAGGUGCUCUACUGCUCGGCUUGCCAGGUCAAAUGUCACCCGUCCCGUGGGCCUUUCGCCAAGCACCGCUUGGUUCCUCCCCCCAGCCAGCAGCAGAGCGCCCCUAGCGGCGCGGGCGGGGCGUGCGGCGGAGGAAGCAAAGGCCCGGGCGCUGCCCGCAAGUCUCCAACGUGCGCGGAUCAUGAGCUGGAGAACUACAGCAUGUACUGUGUGACCUGCCGGACCCCCGUCUGUUACCAAUGUCUGGAAGAAGGAAAACACUCCAAGCAUGACGUGAAGGCCCUGGGAGCCAUGUGGAAACAACACAAGGCACAACUGUCCCAAGCUUUGAAUGGCAUUUCAGACAAAGCAAAGGAAGCAAAAGAAUUUUUGGUGCAACUGAAAAAUAUUUUACAGCAGAUACAGGAAAAUGGCUUGGACUAUGAAGCUUGUCUGGUUGCUCAGUGUGAUGCUUUAGUUGAUGCUUUGACUCGCCAGAAGGCCAAACUGCUCACAAAAGUUACCAAAGAGCGGGAGCACAAGCUAAAGGUUGUAUGGGACCAGAUAAACCACUGUACUCUAAAACUGCGACAGUCCACAGGACUUAUGGAAUAUUGUCUAGAAGUAAUCAAAGAAAAUGAUCCUUCUGGUUUCUUACAGAUUUCAGAUGCUUUAAUCAAACGUGUUCAAGUGUCUCAGGAGCAGUGGGUGAAAGGAGCCCUGGAACCAAAAGUAUCUGCUGAAUUCGAUCUGACGUUGGACAGUGAACCAUUGCUGCAGUCAAUCCAUCAGCUGGACUUCAUUCAGAUGAAAUGUAGGGGUGAGCUUUUGUAGGCUGAUUUCCCUUUCCUUUUGUAUGGGAUUGCAAAGAAUAGCUGUGAAAGGGAGAGUCAUUCUAAUCCAGACCAAGAGCUAGGGCUCAAUUCUCCAAAUGAAAGUCACUUUUUAGAUGUUGAAUAAUUUCCAUUUCUAUUUCCAUGAUUCCAAGAAGUACAAGUAACAACCUCAAUCAAUGCUGGAUAUCUUAGUUAAUGUUUAAUACUUUCUAUUUGCAGGUAGAAAAGCUUCAGUUGGAAACUAAUAUUCUUUUAAAAAAUAAAAAAUGCUAACUAAGUUAUAAUUUUCUCAAACUCUAAAGCUUUGCUUUGUAGAAGGACCCAGA